AUGGCUUCCACAUCCGCCUUUGUCCUCGAGGAGCGACAAUCGCGCAUUAUCGCUCCCGACGACUCGGACUUUCUCGAAUCGGAUGCAGAGAGCAGCGGCACCCCCCACCCCGACGACCUUCUCAUCGAGUCCGCCGUGCUCGAGGAUCUUGCAUCUACACCUCACCGAUCCUCCAGACACGCUGCUGCUCGCAACACCCCUCCGCACAAGCUCUGGCCCGCUCAUCCGCUCAUUCGCAUCCACAAGCGCCUCUGGUUCACCUGGUUCAACGGCGAAUUGCCCUCCGAGGACGACCUCAACGAGGACGACGGCCAAGCAGCCGCACGCAAGAAUUUUGACGAUGCAGAAAUCAAAAAGUAUGUCGAUCCCACCGAGACCAAGCCGUCACGGCUGCACUGGUUCAACAUCGACCACGACCUCGUCUAUCUCAGCUUCUGGUUCGAUUGGGGUCCACUUAACGUCGGCAUGUUCUAUCGCUUCUGUUUGCACGUUCACCACAUGCUGACUGACCCAGACAUGCAGGAUGCCACCUUGGUCCUCUACACCACCGAUGCACCGGCGCAAAAGGCCAAUGCUGCUCUGCUCGUAACGCUCUACGCAAUGAUCAUUGGCAAGGUCACUCCAUCAGAUGCAUUCUACCCGAUCUCCGAAGUCGAGUUCAAACCCUUUCGUGAUGCUGGCUACGGCCGCGCAGACUACAACCUAUCCAUCCAAGACAUCCUCUAUGGCGUCCAUCGUGCCAUCAACGAAGGGCUGCUCGAUCUCACCACCUUCAACCUCGACGAAUACGAAAAAUACGAACAGGUCUCCAACGGCGACUGGAACUGGAUCACGCCCAACUUUAUCGCCUUUGCCUCGCCCAACGACCGCAACUACGUCGAAGCGCUGCGCGUAGGCGAAGGUCGUCUGCCAGCAUCCUACUCCUUCCGCCCACCUGGCGAAGACAAGCUGUUUGGCAAAACCAUCCGCUACUUCAAGGAUCGCGGCAUCAAGCUCGUCGUGCGCCUCAACAAUCCGCUCUACGAUCGAGAAGCCUUCCUCAACGCAGGCAUCGAUCACAGCGACAUGUACUUCGACGAUGGCUCCAACCCCACGGACGAGAUUCUCACCGAGUUCAUCGCGAAAGCCGAUAAGGUGAUUGCGCAGGACGGCGUUGUAGCUGUGCAUUGCAAAGCUGGGCUGGGACGCACGGGCGUGCUCAUCGGAGCGUAUCUCGUGUGGAAGCAUGGAUUCAGCGCAGGUGAGGCGAUCGGAUUCAUGCGUUUCAUGCGCCCCGGUUGUGUCGUCGGUCCGCAGCAGCACUUUAUGUACCAGAACUUUGUCGAGUGGAUCAAGUGGGGCGUUCGCGACCACGCCAUGAACGAGGCCAAGCAGCUUAUCGCCGAGGAACGCGCCAAGAUCGAAGCUGCCGCUCAAGCCGCUGCCAACGCUGCCAGCGCCUCGAUCGCCACUGCGGCGACUCCUGCCACACGCGCAUCCAUCAAGCGUCGCGCGGCUGGCUCGGAUGCUGCCAAAAACGCUGCCGCGCUAGACGACAGCUUCGAGCUGCACACCGACGCUGAUGUCAGCCUCGAUGACGAUAUCAAACAUGCUCAGCUGCACAGACAGACGCGCAAGAAGCUCGACGCUGCGGACGAGCAGACCGAUGACGAUGAGGACGACGAGGACGAGCAGCGGCCUAGACAGAAACAAAAGUCGGAUGUUGCGAGCUACGUCGAUGUCCACGGUGCUGAACCCGUCACUCCCAAAGCGCAGCGCGGAUCAUCGCGAGUGGUGCCUGCUUCCGCUGCGCCUGGUGUCAAGCCAGCGCCAUGUGUCGGGCAGCCGAGAAAGUCUCCUUCUCCUACGCGCAAGCGACCUGCCAUUCAGGCUCCCGCUACCGUGGCACGCCUCGAGCUCACUUCGAGACGGUACCCUGCAGCUACCAGAUCGUUCAACAACCACCUGAUGCUCUCGUCUCAGUCGGUGCAUUUGGACGCUCUACCUCAAGCAUCGUCUUCCUCCAGUCUCUCGGUUCCCGUGGCUGUCACAGACGAAGCAGACGAGAACCUGGAUGACGACGAAAAGGUGCGCGAUGGAGGUCAGGUGUCUGUUUCGAUGGAUGGCACUGCAGCAAGAGUUGCAGCUGGAGUGUUGGUCGAAUCGCGCAUCAACGUUGUAGCCGGAUCUACUACACCCAGAGCCUCUCCAAAAGCGGCCAUGGUGAACCUGACGCCGUCGCCCGUAGCAAGGGUGAGAGGAUUCGACAGUCGAACGCGAGCCAACACCAUUGCCACGGCCACAAUCUCUACGCCGGUGCGAGGCUCGAGUCGCCGCGACCCGACCGCCAGCCCAAGUCCCAAGCCCGAGGUGUUCCGGGCUUCGCCCAAUAUCAGAGAUAGAUACGGAUUGCGGGAUUCGAGUCACAGUCCCCCUCCCUCGACCACAGCUGCUGCCGUCGCUUCUGCAUCGCCUCGCAUGUCGACUACUGCUUCGCCCGUCACAGCAAGGGUGGCAGCGAUGGGAUCGAGGAACGCUUCGCCCGUCAAGCCCGCACCAUCUACGUCUGCGAUGAUGGCGUCGUCGACAUCGAUGGCAAAGAUCAGCGACGCCGAGGUGCUAGGCGUGAUUGAUGUAAUUCCUCAACAGUACGCUUCGCCUCAGCGUGUGUCGACUCGUCGUCCGUCUCCCUCGCCCGCAUCCAAGCUUUUGCCCAAAGCCGCACAGCCGGAAGCGAGCGAGACCAAGAUGUGGCAAGAUGACGAGAACAUGCAACCUGUUCGAGCGCCGGCGGCGGUGGUGCAUCGAGCGCCGCUCACCGCGAGUGUAUCGACGACCACGAUGGCGCAACAGGGCCCGAAGGUGCUUCGUUCGGUCAAGUCCAAGCCCACGCUCAACGGUGUUGCUUCCUCAACGAAUGGGGCUCGAGUAACGACCGUACGCAAGCCGAUUUCUGCGCGACCUGUAGUCGCUGCCCCCGCGGCUUCCACUGCACAGCGUUCGGUAUCGGCCAAACUGGCACCCGCACCACGACCGCCGACGGUGCGCGCGCAGAAGAGCGUCGCCGACCUGCGCUCCGCCACCGCUGCACCCAGAACAGCGCGAACCGUCAGCAGUUCGAGCAACUCGAGCACCACUGCUACCGUCAACACGAGCAGUCGCCCGGCCAGCCGGCUGACCGCACCCACCGCGGCGAGUGCUGCCAGAGCCGCUGCGGCGGUUGCGAAGCGUGCUGCCGUGGCACCGACUGGCGGAGCACCAGCAGCGGGCAAGGCAGGCAAGGCGGGGACUGCGGCGAGGAAGGUCUCGUCUGGGCUGAACAAGGCCAGUGGUGGCAGUGCGGGGGCAGCGGGGGUGCGGAGAAGGCGAAGCAGUACGGGUGAAGCUGGCUUGGAUGUCGCUGCGUAG